AGAACAUUGGCUGGACAAGACAACGGAACGAUGCGCACUUACCACCUGAAUCUAUUAGUGCUAAGUGCCGGCCUACUGGUCCUGCUGGCCCAAUCGGGGAGCACGGCCCCCCAGGCGGAUGGGGAUGUACAGCAACUGACUCUACAGGAUGUAAAUCAGGCGGAGGAGCAGCAGGAGAUGCCGGCUGUGCGCCUGGCCAGGCAAUUCGGAUUCGGCCGUGGAGGCUUCGGCAGAGGACGCGGCGGAUUUGGCGGAAGGAGAGGCGGCGGUGGAUUCUGCUGCGGCGGCGGUGGAUUCCGGAGACCCGGUUUCGGUGGCGGCGGAUUCGGUGGAUUCGGCGGAUUCCCACCGCCACCGCCACCGCCCUUCUUCGGUGGCCCCUUCUACGGCUAG